AUGAAUUUAAGAAUAGGCACUGGUGGUGAUUUUCCUGAAGCUGUACUUGAUGGCCUCGAUGCAGCAUGUACAUUGACAUGGCGUGAGAAGGCUGAUCAUUUAUUAUUUCAUAUACUCGAUGCACCACCACACGGCAGAAUAUAUCAUACAAGCAAGAAUGAUAAAUGGCCUGAUGGUUGUCCAUGUGAAAAAGUUGCUUCUGAUGUAUUAGACAAGAUGAAAAAGAAAAAUAUCACAUAUCAUGUUUUACGAUGUUCAAAUCAUUUAAAUAUGAUGAUUACAGAAUUUAAAAAGUAUAUUGAUGUUAAAGCACUAACUUUCGACGAUAAAAUUACAUUUGAAAAUAUCAUAACUAGACAAGUGUGCCAGCGAUUAAUUGAUACUGAAAUGACAUUGAAAAAAACUUAA